AUGUGGAAACAACUAACAAUUGCUUUAGCAGCAAGUACUUCUGUAAUUAAUGCUGAAAAGUUUAAUGUCGUUUUAUCAACUGAGGAUGUCGGAGGUGACUCUACUGGCUCUUCUAAUGAUAAACCAAUUACUGUUCAUCUAGAUAGAAAUAACAUGUCUCCGGAACUAAUUCAAAAGCUUGAAAGAUCCUCUAAUAUUGUUUUUGCUGGUUUGGAUGAAUUACCUGAAUUUGUUAACCAAAAGGAUUACUCUGCAAUCAUCAAGAAGAUUUAUGAGAGUGGUAAGAAUGUAUCUCCAAAGAAAGAUUACAAGGAUGAAGAUACCGACAGUGAAUACAGUGAAAGUGAAAGUGACGACGAAUAUAAAAGUGACGAUGGGUAUAAAAGUGAUGAAAGCGACAAAAGCGAUGAAAGCGAUGAUGAUGAGAAGGAACAUUUGUCUAAGAAGCAAAAAUUAAAGAGAAAGUUAGGUAUGGGUAAGAAAAAGAGACACAACAAAAAGAAGCAUGCUGACGACAAAGAAAAGAAAGAUGAUGUCAAGAAAGGUAAAAAGGGUCACAAAUGUAAACAAUUAGCCAAAGACGGUGCUACCGGUAAUGAUGAUGCAUGUGUGUCUACUGAUGAAGAUGAUGACUACGAAUAUAUUCCUACUCCAUUUGGAAAAUAUUGGUCCGGUGAUGAUGGUGAAGAUGAUGAAUAUGAUUAUGAUCAUGAUGGCAACGAAAAGGAAGACCAUAAAAAAGAUGAAUAUGAGAAUCAUGAAGAUAGUGAAAAAGAGGAAGAGUAUGAUGAUCACAAGAAAGAAGACGAAGAUGACGAGACAGAUGAUGACGAGAAGGAUGACGAUCAUAGUUGUUCCAAGAAACCAAAAGGGAAAAAAUGUAAAGAGAAAAAAACGAAAACUUCACGUUCACUAGAACCCACAAGUACAUCUCAUGUUACUACCGAAUCUUCACGUUCACUAGAACCUACAAGUACAUCUCAUGUUACUACCGAAUCUUCACGUUCUCUAGAGCCAAGAAGUACAUCUCGUGUUACUACUGAAUCCACUCAAUCACCCACCACUGGUGUUAGUAGUCGUUCCGAAGCGGGAUCUGAAUCAACUACUGUUCUUACUGCUGUUUUAACGAGUAAGGGUGUUAGCACUGUUACGUCCCUUACAACAUCCUCCAAAUCAUCUGCAUUAGCUGUCUCUGGUUCUUCUACUGUUGAAUCCAAUAGAAGAGUGUCUUCAAACAUUUUAGAAUCUAAUCAAACAAGAAUUGUUGCCUUAUCCUCGAAGUCAACUCAAGCCUCAGGCACAGCUGCAAUUCCAGGGAGGGUCAAUAUCAGUAAAAAUAACUUGAACGGAACUAUAGGUGAGUUUGAAGCUAAAGCUAACCAUUUAGGUGCUAUCGGUGGACCGGCAAUUGCCUUAUCUUUAUCUGCAAUUUUUGUUCUUGUCUCAUUUUAA